UCCAGGAGGGCAUGGAGAGCAGUGGCCUGCCUGUGAGAGCGUUCCCGGUGGUGGCGGGGCCCAACUGCGCUACCUGGGUGCCGCUGGAUCAAAAAGGCACCACUCGCUUUAUAGAGGUGAUAGAGAAAAAGGGGUUGAAAUCGCCCUUUACCACAUCCACCCUGGAGGCACUGACCGCGCAGGGCCCCCUCCUGCCUCAUGAUAUUACAAAUCUGAUGAGAAUGGCGCUUAAGCCAGUCCAAUAUACUUUGCGGGAACAGGAGUUUAGAGCUCAGUGCAGACAAACAUUGCUCCGGAUGGAGCGAGAUGAUCACCACCCUCUAAGGGGGGGGGGCACGAAUAUGGCAAGGCUUACGGGGAUGGAGGAUAGAAUGGCCACGCCCCAGGGCCAAGCAGCUCUCCUGCGGCUGGGGGAGUUGUUGGCCACCAUGGACGCUAUGCUUAAAACAUUCCGAAGGUUCACAAGAGAUGCAGAACCCCCAGCCCCGUGGACAGUAAUCACCCAAGAGCCCACAGAAUCUUUUCAGCAAUUUGCGGAUCGCCUAAUCCACGCUGUAGAGGGAUCUGAGCUGCCCCUGGUAGCCAGAGACCUGGUCAUUGUGGACUGUUUAAAACAGAAGUCCCAUGAAGACAUCAAGGUUAUCCUGAGGUCGGCUCCUGAAGGAGUUCGCACGCCAGGAGACAUUAUUAAGUAUGUGUUGGAUAAGCAAAAAGGGAGGCCAGUUACUGUGGAGAGCCUGGUGGCUAGGGGUGGGUGGAGUUAUAACAGCGUGGAAAUCCCUAGCAAAGGUAGAGAUCGUUGCAGUUGCCCGCGAUGGGACUUUGGAAAAGCCAGCCCUGCUCGUCCCACUGGUCGCAGAGAUUCCGAGAACUUUGCUAGGUCGAGAUUAUUUGACAGCAAUUGGCACACGGAUCACAAAUUUAUAGUUAGGGCUACUGUCCACCAGCUGUCCAUCGUGUAUGCGAUUCCACUGCAAUGGAGACAGGACGCGCACCCUGUUUGGGUGGAUCAGUGGCCCCUAACCCAAGGAAAGCUUGCCGCGCUUCAACAGCUAGUUACUCAGGAACUUUGGCUAGGGCAUAUAGAACCCUCCCUUAGCCGAUGGAACACCCCGGUGUUUGUAAUCAAGAAACGCUCAGGAGCCUUCCGUCUCCUACAUGAUUUACACGCAGUGAAUUCCCAGUUAAUACCUUUUGGCCCAGUGCAACAAGGAGGUCCUGUGCUCUCCGCUGUGCCCAGAAAUUGGCCUCUAGUGGUCAUAGAUCUUAAGGAUUGUUUUUUCUCAAUCCCUUUGGCGGAGCAAGACCGAGAAGCAUUUGCCUUUACCGUGCCAGCUCCCAGUAAUCAAAGCCACACUGAUAGGUAUCAGUGGUGCAUUUUGCCGCAAGGAAUGGCAUGUUCCCCCACCAUCUGCCAGCUUGUGGUCGGCAGGAUCCUAGAGCCGUUGAGAGGUCAAUUCCCUGCCUGUCAGAUACUGCACUACAUGGAUGAUCUCCUGCUAGCAGCCCCUACGGAUCUAAUCCUGGAGGCACUAGAAAUUCGGGUGCUUAGCGCGCUUACUGCAGCAGGGUUCACUAUUUCACGAGAAAAGAUACAACACGGCUUGCCCGUGGAAUAUCUAGGCCAUCUGUUCGGCCCUGAUAUGGUCCGGCCGACAGGCCUUAAAAUCUUGCCCCAGAUCAAGACCCUAUGGGACGUUCAGAAGUUGGUCGGGGCUAUCCAGUGGGUAAGAAACGCUCUGGGCAUUCCCCCUCAGGUGAUGAAACCCUUCUAUGACCAGUUAAGAGGAUCAGACCCCAAUGAACCCAGGGAAUUCAUCCCUGAGAUGGCGGCAGCAUGGGAAGAAAUUAUGAGCAGGCUAAUGCCACUACAGAGUUAUUGA